AUGACUACAUUUUCAAAUUUAAUUAUUAAAGAGAUUAUAUUAGAUUGUGUAGGUGGUGAUAGAUACUUGUUAUCAUUCCCAUUUCCUUUUGUUUGCAAGACAUGGAAUCAAAUCAUUCAAAAUGAUGACUUUUGGAGAAAACUAUGUUUUGAAAGAUGGUCAAGUUUAUCUAUCCUACCAGAAGAUUAUCAAAUUGAAACUUAUGGUGGUAAUUCUAACAAGUAUAAAAGUUGGUUCGGCUCUGAAUAUGAUGCCUAUUAUGGAUCAAGUUUCCACUUUUUAGGAAUUGAUGUCAAUUGUUGGAAAGAUCUUUUCAAAUUCAGAUAUAAUAGAUCUGCUCAUCUCAGAUUCAUAAAGAAUGGGUAUAUUCCCUUUUAUCUCAAAAAUGAUCAGGGACUUGAAGAAAUGUUACAUUCAAUAGGAAUUGUAAAGCAAAUGGCACCUCUUGAUGAGAGUAUUUUGGAUGAUUAUAGAAAUAGACAAGAAACAAUGAAUUUGUUUCUUUUAGAAUCUGUUUGUUACGAAUCAAUUAGGGAAAUUGAUCGACAAAUGAAACAUACACAUGAAUAUUUCUUGGAUUGUAAUGGAAGUUUUAUGGAUUUUUCUGGAAAGUGUGUAAAAUUUAGCUAUCAGUUUGAGGACUAUAAUCAAGACUCUGACAAAACAUCUGGACACAUUAAAGUUGGAUCAUGUAUUUACGAUUCCGACAAGAAUCAUAGUAUUCCUGAUUUUUGGGAGUCUGUUCAAAAAGAAAUUGGUUUCGAGUCCACCAUGGAAGACCUCCAAAGUUUAUUCGCUAAAAUCAUGGUACCAAGAACAAAAGAACUUGAAGCUCAUGGAUUUGAUGUAUUUGUUAGUUGUUAUUUACAAGAUUGUUUUUAA